AUGCUGUUUGAAGAAUUGGAGCAACAGCUCCUCUUCAACUCAUUAGGUGGUAUGUUGGCUGGAGGCAUGACAGCAUCUUGGAUCGCCGGAAUGGCCAUCGUUGAAGGACUUCGAGCUGUUCAAGACCUAUGGCUAUAUCCGUCUAUCGCCUUUAAGACGUACAUUACGGGCCUUGUGGCACUCUCCAUGGGCAUCACAGGACUAUUUGGAGUAACUCUUUACCACCAUUUAAUUAAGUUUUUCGGCGACUAUGAUAGCGUAGAUCGCAUAUAUCCUCUUCUGAGGUAUCACUUUGUGUUAUGUCGGGUAUGUGUGGUACUUAACCACAUGCAAUUUUCGUAUGGUGCAUUCAAGGUCAUCAGUCGCAUGCGUGGUCUAUAUCUCCCAUUGAUCCUUAUGAUAGUCGUGGGAGUUCUCGUCCUGGGUAGUGGACUAGCCUCCGGUAUCGCAGUGUACAACUUUUUCCAGCAGACAAGCUACUCUGUUGUGCAAACCAAGCUGGGAAUUUGGCAAGCGAUGUUUUUCAUGGAGUUUGCAUGUCACUUGGGUCUGACGGCAAUGAGGGCGGUUUAUAUGUACAAGGCAAAUGAUAUCAAAGCCGUCAUCACUCAUGCAGGACAUCCCAUCCGAUACGUUGCGGACAUAUGUUUGCUAGUCGCUCGGACGCCAACCUACAAUACUAUCUUCGCCUUGAUCACCAUGUGCGUGCUUGAUGGUGGCACAUUUGGCACACGAUAUUUCCUGGUCUUUGGUGGUUCUCAGUUGGCUUUAGUGGCUAUGGUGAGCCUGAAACAGGUUACCGAGAAUUCAUUAUGA